AUGGCGUUUGCGAAGGCACCACGACUAAGUAGAGAUGAUAUUCUUGGAAAUCGAGCGGGAACUAGGAGUUUCAAGAUCUACUCCGAUAAUCAGAAAACUGAUCCGGCUUGUAUAGUAGGUGCUACACAGAAGACUCGUAUUCCUUUGAGAAAAUCUGUGACAAUUGGCAGUGGAGCAACUUCUAACACAAACUAUAUGAAGCCUGGAACGAAACAGAAUUCGAGAAUCGCAAGCAAGGGCAAAAGUAGUAAUGAAAAUUCUGAGGAAUAUACUAAGUUCACUAGAAAAGCGUUGGCUGAUUUAAGUAAUCUUGGUGGGAACACUCAAAGGAUUCCAACGCUUGGUGGCAGCACUACGAAAUGGAAAGGUGUAAAGUGUGCAAAUUCUCAAAGGAUUUCAGUUGGUUCUACAAGAAUUCGUGAUCUUUCAUCCAAAAAAUCUACUAAGGAGCUCGGGAGUAAAAACACAACCGACGUUGGAAACAAAUUCAUCAAAAAUAAGACUUUGAGCCUUGGAGCAACUGCUAGUGGAAUAAGAAAAUCCAUACCGGGUUUAAAGAGAACCAGUCUUACAGAUAAGAGCCUAAAGAAGGACAAUGUCUCAGGAUUGGAUUCGAGACAACUGGGUCAAGGUCCAGCCAGUAAAGUCAGCAACAAUGUCAUCCCACGGCUGAGCAGUUCCAGUAGCUUUACUUGGAAAACUCGGACAAGUGUGGGUUCUAUACCAUCGGACUGCAAAAGCCAGAGUAUGAAGCACAUUCAUAUCGCAAGGAAAUCUAUCAAGACAACUGUGAAGACCUCACUACAAAACCAUAGUUCUCUUAAGAAGCCCCCGGUGGCUAGAAGUAAAUCAAGAUCUAUCUCUUCAAUCCCUUCCUCUGAAGAAACUUCAGUUCUGUUACUUCCGGAAAAAGUUGAACCAGAAGAUGUCAAAGAAGAUACUCAAGGAGAGAGUUCAUCUAAUGGAAACAUAGACCCAACUACAAAAGUGUUGGAUGUUACAGCAAAGCCAAAAUCAAAGCGUAGAAAGUCUUUCACAUCUCUACUUGUGACAGGAUCAAAGUUCGAUGACGAAAAUGGUGAUAAUGCAAAGCCAGCAAAAAUUCCCAACAUUGAUGAUAAGUCCAAUCAACUAGAAGUUGCAGAAUACGUGGAUGACAUAUAUCAGUUCUAUUGGACUGCUGAGGCAUUAAAUCCAGCUUUAGGACACUACUUAUCAGCUCAAACAGAAGUUAGUCCAGUUACUCGUGGAAUUUUGAUCAACUGGCUUGUUGAAGUUCAUUUCAAAUUUGAUCUAAUGCAUGAGACUCUCUACCUUACAAUAGACUUACUGGACCGUUAUCUCUCCCAAGUUCCAGUACAGAAAAAUGAGAUGCAAUUGAUUGGUCUUACCGCGCUCUUAUUGGCUUCUAAAUACGAGGACUAUUGGCAUCCAAGGAUCAAAGACUUGAUAAGCAUCUCUGCAGAAUCAUACACUAGAGAACAAAUCCUGGGAAUGGAGAGGAUAAUGCUUAAACAGUUAAAGUUCCGUUUGAAUGCACCCACCUCUUACGUUUUCAUGUUGAGGUUCUUAAAAGCUGCUCAAUCAAACAAGAAGUUGGAACAACUCUCCUUUUACCUUAUCGAGUUGUGCUUGGUUGAGUACGAAGCUUUGAAGUUCAAGCCUUCGUUGCUAUGCGCAUCAGCCAUCUAUGUUGCCCGCUGCACUUUACAUGCAACUCCAGUUUGGACCUCGCUCCUUAAAAACCAUACCCACUACAGUAUCUCACAGAUGAAGGAUUGUUCAGAGAUGAUCCUAAGGUUCCAUAAAGCUGCUAAAACAGGAAAACUACGGGUCACUUAUGAGAAGUACAUGAAUCCAGAUCGCAGUAAUGUCGCAGUCUUGAAACCUUUGGAUAAGCUCCCUCUCUAUGUUGAAGUCUUGUAA